AUGGGUGGUGUCUGCUCUUCUUGCUGCGGAGGUAAAUCCCGAGAUGGCUUAUAUGAGCCGGUGCUUGCAGAAAGCGAAAGAGAAGCGGUGGCAGACCUUCUACAAUACCUCGAGAACCGCGGCGAGACCGACUUUUUCUCCGGCGAACCUCUACGAGCUUUAAGUACCUUGGUAUUUUCUGAUAAUGUCGAUCUUCAGCGAAGUGCUAGUUUAACAUUUGCUGAGAUAACCGAACGAGAUGUCCGUGAAGUAGAUAGAGAUACCCUCGAGCCGAUACUCUUCCUCCUGCAAAGUCCAGAUAUGGAGGUGCAGCGAGCGGCUAGCGCAGCUCUUGGGAAUCUCGCAGUUAACACGGAAAACAAAGUAGCAAUCGUACUUCUUGGGGGCCUUACACCCCUCAUCCGACAGAUGAUGUCCCCAAAUGUCGAGGUGCAAUGUAACGCUGUUGGUUGCAUUACCAACUUAGCAACACACGAGGAUAAUAAGGCCAAGAUCGCACGAUCAGGGGCAUUGGGGCCCCUCACUCGUCUAGCAAAAUCUAAAGACAUGCGUGUGCAGAGAAAUGCAACCGGUGCUUUGUUGAACAUGACCCAUUCCGAUGAGAAUCGCCAGCAGCUGGUUAAUGCUGGUGCCAUACCCGUUCUAGUACAGCUCCUCUCAUCUUCAGACGUAGAUGUACAGUACUACUGCACAACAGCUUUGAGUAAUAUCGCCGUUGAUGCUAAUAACCGCAAAAAACUCGCCCUGAACGAGAAUAGACUCAUACAGUCUCUUGUGAACCUCAUGGAUUCGUCAUCACCUAAAGUUCAAUGUCAAGCAGCUCUAGCUCUACGAAAUUUGGCUUCCGAUGAGAAGUACCAACUGGAAAUUGUGCGCGCUCGCGGUUUAGCUCCAUUGUUACGACUUUUACAAUCCUCAUAUCUACCAUUAAUACUUUCAGCUGUCGCUUGCAUACGCAACAUAUCGAUACAUCCAUUAAACGAAUCCCCAAUUAUUGAUGCUGGCUUCCUUAAACCAUUGGUCGAUUUACUAGGUUCCACCGAUAAUGAAGAAAUUCAGUGCCACGCCAUUUCGACACUUCGUAACCUUGCUGCUAGCUCUGAUCGAAACAAGGAGCUUGUUUUACAAGCCGGAGCUGUUCAAAAAUGCAAACAACUUGUUCUGGAUGUGGCCCUUAGUGUUCAGUCCGAAAUGACUGCCGCAAUCGCUGUAUUGGCAUUAAGUGACGAUCUCAAGACCCAACUUCUCAACCUAGGGGUGUUCGAUGUCCUUAUUCCAUUAACAGAUUCCGCGAGUAUCGAAGUUCAAGGUAACAGUGCUGCGGCGCUUGGUAACUUGUCUUCCAAAGUCGGUGAUUACUCUAUCUUCAUUUCAGCCUGGACAGAACCACACGGAGGCAUUCACGGUUAUCUAAAACGAUUCCUUGCUAGCGGAGAUCCAACCUUCCAACACAUUGCAAUCUGGACAUUAUUACAACUAUUAGAAUCCGAGGAUAAGAAAUUGAUAGCUUUGAUUGGAAAAUCGGAAGAGAUUGUACAAAUGAUCAAGACUAUUUCCGACAAACAAAUUGAAUCUGACGACGAAGGUGAAGAAGAUGGCGAAGGAGAGGUUGUUCAACUUGCUCAAAGAUCGUUACAACUACUCGGACAGAGUGGAAAGUCAUCCCAUAUCGAAGGUUGA